AAGCGGAACUUAGAAGGAAUAAAAUCUCUUCAGAUAAACCAAUUAGAUUAUUUGAUUUGCUUCUAUGCUUAGAAAAUGAUAUAGUGACAAUUCAGGAAAAAAUCAGUAUUGUUGGAUAUACUAAUCAAGAAAUAGUAGAAGAAGCUGAUAAAAAUGCAAGAGUGUAUCUCUGA